CUUCCUCUUUCAGGCUCCGGGAUCUCUUGAGGCACAUGUUGGCUGGCUUACCUUGAUUGUCUUUCCCGCCUUCUGCUACCCAGCGUCCUCCUCUUACCGAUUGUGUGUUGGUGCUCGUGCGACACGCGCAGCGCAUCUCCCAGCCUUCAGCAUGCCAUCCUCCGGGGAAGAAAAGCAGCAGGCCAGUGGCGUUGUAGCCAAGGACUCGCCCGCCGAGUCGGCGUCAUCGUGCGCGGAGACGUCCCCCGCGCCGAUCGACCCCAAGGCCGAGCGCAGGCUCCUCAUGAAGCUUGACCUCAUCAUCUUUCCCGUCUUCUUCAUCAUCUACCUCAUGGCCUUUCUGGACCGCAUCAACAUCAGCAACGCCGCCAUCCAGGGGCUGACGCAGGAACUGCACCUCGACGUGGGCAGCCGCUUCAAUGUUGUUCUCUUCGCGUACUACUCGUCCUAUAUCCUCCUUGAGGUACCCUCCAACAUGGUGAUCAGGAAAGUCCGGCCUUCGCUCUACCUUUCGGUCCUCAUGUUCUGCUGGGGCGUCAUCAACAUGUGCAUGGGCUUCGUGCACUCGUACGCGGCCCUGGUCGCCCUGCGCGUCCUCCUCGGCGUCUUCGAGGCCGGCGUGCUGCCGGGCAUCGUCUACGUCAGCUCCAUGUACUACAAGCGGCACGAGUACCAGAAGCGCAUGUCCUUCUUCUUCUGCAGCACCGUCGUCGCCGGCGCCUUCGGCGGCCUGCUCGCCUACGCCAUCGCCAACCUCAGCACCCCGAGCAUGGCGCCGUGGCGGUGGAUCUUCAUCAUCGAGGGCGCCGUCACGUCCUUCCUCGCCAUCGUCGGCUCCUUCGUCAUCAUCGACUGGCCCGAGCAGACGCGCUACCUCGACGCCGAGGAGAAGGAGCUCCUCCGCCGGCGCAUGGCCGCCGACGUGGGCGACGUCUGCCGCAUGGACACGCUCAACCGGUUCGCCCUGACGCGCAUCGUGCGCGACUACAAGAUCUGGCUGGCCGCGCUCGUCUACAUGGGCAUCUCGGUCGCCGGCCUGUCGGGCACCUUCUUCCUGCCCACCAUCCUGCACGAGUUCGACUGGCAGGCCGAGGAGGCCCAGGUCCGCACCAUCCCCGUUUACGUCCUGGCGGGCGGCAUGAUGCUCCUGGGCGCCUGGGCCUCGGACCGGCUCAAACACCGCUACGGCUUCAUCCUCGCCGGCGCCUCCCUCUCCACCGUCGGCUACUCGAUGCUGCUCGCGCAGGAGGGCAAGUCGCGCGACUACAAGUUCGCCGGCGUCUUCCUCGUCUUCGGCGGCGCCUACAUGAUCACGCCCAUGUGCCUCGCCUGGCUGCAGAACAACCUGUCGGGCCACUGGAAGCGCUCGUUUGGCGCCUCGGCGCAGGUCAUGAUCGGCAACGUCGCCGGCAUCAUCGGCGCCUUCAUCUUCGUCAAGAAGGAGGCGCCCCUCUACCGGACCGGCUACGGCGUCGCCCUCGCCAUGAUGUGGUUCGGCGUCCUCUGCGCCACCGCCAUGGCCGGCCUCAUGUGGAGGGAGAACCGCAAGAGGGACCGCGGCGAGCGCGACCACAGGCUCGCCCUGCCCGACGAGGACAAGAACAACAUGGGCGACUGGCACCCCAGCUUCAGGUUCACUCUGUGAAUCUUGUUUUUUUCCUUCUUUUCUUUGCCAACCACCCAAAAAGAGUGUCUCCUCUUCCCCCCCUUCGGAAAACGGGGGCGCUUACCAGUGUGUAGGGAUGAGCUUUCGGGCCAAUCGUAAUAUGUAAUAUACACACAGACACACACGCUCCGUACGGCCUCUUUGGGGGUCGCUCAAGUUCGGCUGGAUCCGAUCCUGCUGUUUGUU